AUGGGAUGGCGUGAUUUUAGAAGAGAAUUUUUGGAGAUCAAUAAAGGCAAGUACAAAAAGGUUGGUGAUUCAAAUGAGGCUACAGCUGAGAUAUGGAAAGAAAUGAGCAUAGAGGAGAGGGAGCCGUAUAGAAUGAAGAUUUUCUACCUUCAAAAUUUUCCUCUGAACAAAGCUGUACCCCCAACUAGUGAAGUAAUAGGGUAUUGGAUUGAAGAAAGGGUUAAUGAAAUGGUGAAGGACACGAAAGAUGUGUACGUAAAAGUGAAGGCUUACAUGGAGAAGGAAAUGAAGGAAGUACAAGAGAGAGUCAUGUCUUACAUGGCUAAUGAGUUGCUAGAGUUGCCAUCAAAGAGGGUUGUCAUAAAAGAAAAAGAGGAAGAGGAUGAAGAUGAGGUAGGUAAGAAUGACAAGGACGACGAUGAAGAGGGAGAACAUGAUAAGGAUGAGGAUGAUCCAGACAUAGAGACAGAAGAACAAGUAGAAGUGGAGGAUCUAAAAAACACGAAAGUUGAAAAACAAGAAGGUGGGGAGGAUAAAGAGAAAGAUAGAGAUCAAGUAGUAAAAGAAGCAGAGAAAUCAAACAUGGAUGCAUCUAAACACAAAGUGGCUGCCGAAGAGAAAGGGAAACUUCCAAUAAGGAGAUCUAAGAGGAAGGAGAAGGCUAUUGUUAAAUCUCCGUGGAUGCCACUUGUUACCCAGAAGAAGAGAAAAGUUAGUGACAAGCAACGGCUAUAUGGAUUGUGUAUAGAUUGGUGUACAACAGAGGAUGGUAGAGAGAUGACAAAGAAUCCAUCACGGUGGAAUAUAGAUGAGAAUGCAAAGCAUAUUAUCCCCGAGCAUUUAGGAUAUAACUUAGGCGACUGUGAUUUCAUAUUUGGGCCUACGGUUGUUGGAAACCAUUGGUUUUGCUUUGUCUUGGAGCUAAGGACAAUGAAAUUUUAUAUUAUUAAUUCUAUGGUUGAUCAUGAGCAAUUAAAGGCUGAGGAGGAAGAUAUGAGAAAAGUAGGAAGAAAAGGGAAAGGGAAGUUGUGUUUGUUGGUUGACCAUUUACCUUUACAGAAGGAGCAUUUCAGAUUAAUUUUGGUCAAGGUGAAGCCAGAAUUAUCUCAGGUUGAGUACAAUAAUGACAUACUCUAUCCACAGGUCUUCAAGCAAGAGAACAAUGAUGAUUGUGAAAUUUAUCUUAUUAUGUGGCUUAAAUUCUGGAACAAUAUUGUCAAUGUUGAUCAUCCUCCAUUUACCAUGCCUAAAUACACAACACAAGAACUAUCGGCCAUAAGUUGUGACAUUUUAUGUUGGCUAGUGAAGCAUCCUAAUAAUGUCAUCUGUGAACGUCAACUUUCACUUGUAGAAAUAGGCACAUAA